GGGGCGCAGGCGCGGGCCGUGAGGGGAGGUGGCAGCCAUGGCGGGCGCGCUGGGCGCCAUGUUCGCCAACCAGCCGCCGGGGCCGCCGCCGCCACCGCCGCCGGGACCUCCGGGGGGGCCCGGCCCUGCCGGCCUCAUCCCGCCUCCGACGGGGCCUCGCAACCCCAACAACACGCUCGUGGACGAGCUGGAAGCGUCCUUCGAGGCCUGCUUCGCCUCGCUGGUGAGCCAGGACUACGUGAACGGCACCGACCAGGAGGAGAUCCGCACCGGUGUUGAUCAGUGCAUCCAGAAAUUCCUGGAUGUUGCAAGGCAAACCGAGUGUUUUUUCCUACAAAAAAGACUGCAGCUGUCGGUCCAGAAACCGGAACAAGUUAUUAAAGAGGAUGUGUCAGAGUUAAGAAAUGAAUUGCAGAGAAAAGAAGCAUUAAUUCAGAAGCAUUUGAGUAAACUGCGACACUGGCAACAGGUCCUGGAAGACAUCAGUGUACAACACAAAAAACCUGCAGAAAUGCCUCAGGGUCCGUUAGCUUACCUAGAACAGGCGUCUGCUAAUAUUCCUGCUCCAAUGAAGCAAACGUGAUCUUUGAAUUUACACAGUUAAACGUUUUGAAUGACGCAAAGUAAUGGUUUCAUAUGCUUUUUGUAUAAAGUAAUUUGUACAAUAAAUAUAAUCAGUUAAGACAGAAUUAAGUGAAAUAAAUUAUCUUACUGUUUUUUUCCAAAAAAUA